ACGCUUUCCGGCUUCCCUCGACCACGGCACCAUGUUCAUGGGAUCCUGAACGUGAUCAUGGCCUUGCGCGUAACCCCCGCCGCUCCAGAUCGUCUCCAUGGGUCUUCACUGAAUAAGCUCCAUGCGUGUGACCCGCCCGCCAAGAGGCGCAAGAUCCAGGCUGAAGAUGCAUCGGGUACUCUCUUAACAAACUCAAUUGUGAUACGGGCCCACGCCGCCUCCUUGUCAGAUGAAUCACUCGUCUUCACUCCAAUUUGUCUUGUGCCCCGAUCGCGAUUUCCACUAUCAUGGCUCGAAGACCCUGCGUGGCUACGUUCCGAUGCGCAGCCCGCAGGUCUGUUCGCCGCCGACAAUCCUCCUCUCGAGUUGGACUUACGAUCGUGUACGGAGCCCACAGUGCUAGCCGUUCGAUUAGCGGCCACGGGAGCGCUGUAUGUCAUUGAGAGAAUCAAACGAGGCAUAUACUCGCUCUGGCGGCUGGCCCGAUGGAUACAGGAAGGUGACAUUGUCGUUGCUGCAAAGGGAUGGCAAGGGUCGAAUGACAUCGCGAUGGAUAUGGUGGAAGAGGAGAAGCCACCUGCCAUCUUGGACGGGUCUGACUGGUGGCAGAAUGCACAGAUUGAGGAACCCUCGUCUGAUCUCCUUCUGGGGGAGGAAAUCGCAGGACUACAAGUGAGCGUCGUGUUUCAGGCGUCAGGUACGCCCGAAGCAUCAAGGAAAACGCCGUCGGCGCAGCCAUUGGGGGAUCCAAAGCAAACUGCGGCGGGUGCAACACCUGUGCGCGAGAGUCAAAUCGACCCUUCAACCGCGCUGGCCGAGUCUCUCAUGCAAUCCGUUGACCAUACCACAGAAUUGGAUCUGCUUCAAGAGUCCAAGCGGUCCCCCGAAGAACUACUCGAAGGGAUGCGAGAACACUACUUGCAAGCUCUCUACAUAUCAAAGACAUCACUCGCCUAUUUUGCCAAAGGACCAUUAACUCGCUGCCGCGCUGCCUUUAAUGGUUCAGACACGACCGGCGCGGGAAAUACAUGUCAACUCAUUGAGCAUUACCGCGAAGCGAUCCUUGCUGCGAAGAAGAUGGACCUGAAGUACCGCGAGUCGCUUCCCGCGGCUGUCCGUGAAGCUGUGCUUGCCGUAUCGGAGGACGAAGCUUCUUCGACCAGGAAACGUCGCACCAAGAAGAAGAAGCUGGGCAAGGAUGGCCUGUACCCCGAAGAAGAUGGGUUCAUUCGGAAGUGGUGGAAAGACCGAAAGAUGAUAGACUCCGUCGCACCGGAGGCUUCACGCGAAGCAGAAACGAAGAAGCACAUCUCAGAUCUCCGACUACGUGAGACCCAAUUACAGAUUCUCUUGAUCCUGGAGAUCUUGGCUUUGGAAUCAGUGCCGCCCAGCAAUACAUGCCAGGGCGACGAGCAGAAAGCUGACAGAGAGACGGACACCUCGAAGAAGAGCACCAAGAAACCGCAAGACUUGAACGUGCUACUAGAGCUACAUCUCGACCGACUCUGCAUCUGGCAUGCAGUCAGUAUCGAGGACACUGCCGGCGAGGACUCCUCGCAAUCGUCGUCCCUGGUCGAUGGCCAGCAACCCAGGAAAAAACCAGAGAGUGACGCCGUCCGCGACUUUUGCACUGAAGUCAUCAUCCCGUUCUAUGCGUCACGCCUCCCCAAUAAAUGCAAAUUGAUUACACGCAAAUUCGGGGUAUCUGGUGGCGUCUCAUCGGCUGCAAAGAAAACCCAACCGUCGAGCAAGCCACAUCGCCAGGACCCAAGUUCUGCGACUAAGCGGGAGCUGCCGGUGAGGAAACCGAGAAAGUCACUGCAGCGGGUUCUAACGGACGAGAAAGCAGCGGCUUCUCAAAUUCGUCACCCGACACUCAGUCGAGCCAAGACGGCCCCGACGCCGCGUGAUGCCACGCGCGACUCCCUUGAACCUCUGCUUCCCACAGUGAUGGGCGGGACCACUGUCCGUGGAGGUAUCCAGUUGAAGAGGGUCGAAAACCGCGAGAUUGACCUCAAUGCGGCUGCAAGGCAGCACGAGACCAAGUUACGCAAAGUGCAGAUGUUGGCUGACCAGAAGAAAGAGCUUGACAGUGCCAUCCAAGCUCUUCGGAAACCUAAUCGUGAACUUGUUGCCAAGGAUAUCGCAGAGGACGUAACGAAGCGAUUGUCGACAGGAGGUGGCAGCUCUCGCAAGUCAAAGAAUCCCGUUAGGAACCCGCUGGGCGAGGGUGUCCAGGUGAUGGCCACUCCGCGUGGUAAUCGUAGAAGGGAUGCUGUGACUGGACUGCCUUCCUUGUCACGUACACUUGUACCUUCACGCUCUUUCGCCGGCGAGAUGACCGAAGCCUCUCUUGCAAAGUCGCCCGUCAUGAUCCCUUCUUCAACACGUCGAGCUAUAUCCUUCUCAGGCCCGGACUCCUCGCUGUUUGACUCGCAGCCCCGUUCUCAGAAGAGGCAGGCCGAAUCACAAGGUCAACCACAGGAGCUGGGCUCAAUCCAGGAAACGCCUACUCGGCCAUCCUCGAAGUCACUUUUCGAGAAUCAAAGCGUAAACAAACUGUCCCGUCCAGGUCUUCCGUCAAAUAGUGGCAGAGGGCUCUUUCGCAUGCCUGAACUCCCAGCCUCUCGACCUUCUCAACCGGAUCACGAGGAUACUUCAGGGCAUGCUCAGCCCGCCGAACCAACCACACCGGUGUCUUCCCGCCGGCAAAGAACACUCAACGUGAUCUCGGAAUCGCCCAUGGUCGCAAAAACCCCUGAAACUCACAGAUCUUCCAUGAUGAUAGCGGACACGCCACCGAAGCAGCAAGCUGUCGGGCGUACUUCCCUCAUACCUCGGUCGAUCCCUCUUUUCGCGCCGACUACUUCACAGGUUCCUGCAUCUCCUAUGAAGGAAAUCCCAGUCAAGAAUCAUACUCUUGUACCUUCAACCCCGGAGAAAUCGCAGAAUAAGUCGAUAUACAAGCAAUUGGGCUGGGACGACGAGGAAAUGGAUUUGUGA